CCGCGACCCUAAUAAACUUAACCAAAAUCGAAUUAUUAUAAUAGUGUGAACUGUGAACCUUUGAAGCUUUUGGUCUUACUGAAAUAACUUUUUUAUUUUGACCAAAUUUAUCUAACUAAAUGUAGAGCAGACCUUAUUACUUAGCUAACCAUUAUACAUAAUAUUUCUUAUAGCCUGUUAUCUCAACGCAACAAACAACCAGCAUACAAAGUUAAUCAACUACCAUCAUGCCGGCUGCAACGGAACAAGUUGCUGAUGUUGAGAUGAAAAAUGUGGACAGUCCAAGUGGGGAAAACGAAACUGUCGAUAAAAAGGAUGUGGAUAAUCUAAGUGUCCAAGAAAUCCGAGAACACACACGACAGAUAGAGAAGGCCGUCUUGACCAAGGAACCUCGAUUUAUCUUGCGAGUUCUCCGUGCUUUGCCCAACACUCGCAGGAAGUUGAGCCCAGUGGUAUUGAGAAAUCUUAUUUCUGGGUUUUACACUCAUUCCACCUCAGAGAAAGAUGCACUUCUCAACUUUGUUGAUGAGCCGAUGGAAGAAAGCACCAAUCAGUUGAAGAUGCGCAGUGGAAAGAGCUCUUCUUCUCCCUUACUACCAGAGAUUGAUGGCUACCUCCACCUUUUAGUCCUUGUAAAACUCAUUGAUGGAGAGAAGUACAAAGAAGCAGUGCAGUGUUCUGACUUGUUGAUGAACAAAGUAACAGCUCAGAACCGCAGGACUUUGGAUCUUGUAACUGCUAAAUGUUAUUUCUAUCACUCCAGAGCGUACGAAUUGACUAAUCAGCUAGAUAAAAUUAGAGGUUUCUUGCAUGCUCGCUUGAGAACAGCAACCCUUCGGAACGACUUCGAGGGUCAGGCAGUCCUGAUUAAUUGCUUGCUUCGAAAUUACCUUCACUACAAUCUGUAUGAUCAAGCUGACAAGUUGGUUUCCAAGUCUGUAUUUCCUGAAAAUGCUAGCAAUAAUGAGUGGGCCCGUUUUCUCUACUACCUGGGUUGCAUUAAGGCGGCAAGACUGGAAUACUCUGCCGCUCAUAAACAUUUGGUUCAAGCCAUGCGCAAAGCUCCUCAAACCACUGCUGUUGGAUUUCGACAGACCUCACAAAAGUUGGCAGUAACUGUGGAGCUACUGUUGGGGGACAUACCAGACCGUCAGAUAUUCCGGCAAGCAGCUCUUCGACGGUCUUUGGCCCCGUACUUUCAGCUUACACAAGCUGUUCGAUUGGGAAACCUGCAAAGAUUCGGGGAGGUAUUGGAAAAUUUUGGACCUCAAUUCCGUGCAGAUCACACUUUUACUUUGAUUCUGCGUCUUCGUCACAACGUCAUCAAGACUGCCAUCAGAAGCAUUGGGCUGUCUUACUCUCGCAUCACACCUGCCAACAUCGCUCGCAAGUUGUCUCUUGAUUCUCCUGAAGAUGCUGAGUUCAUUGUAGCUAAAGCUAUUAGAGACGGAGUGAUAGAAGCAACCUUGGACCCCGAACAUGGCUACAUGCAGAGCAAAGAAGCAACAGAUAUCUACUGCACACGAGAACCUCAGUUGGCUUUCCAUCAGAGGAUAUCGUUCUGCUUGGAUCUUCACAACCAGAGUGUGAAGGCCAUGAGAUACCCUCCAAAAUCUUAUGGGAAGGACUUGGAGUCUGCUGAAGAACGCAGGGAAAGAGAGCAGCAAGACUUGGAGUUGGCCAAGGAAAUGGCUGAAGAGGAUGAUGAUGGUUUCCCUUAAGUCCUCAACUGCAUCAUCAAAGGUUUUUUUGUAUUAAUUUCACUUUGUCAUAGUUCACAAUAAAAAAUAUUUAUGUUUAA